AACUUCAUUUACUCUAUAUACAUUUCUCAAAUAUGAGUUCCUUUGACUAUUCCAAAACCCCUUAUCCACUUCUUGUUCUUGUUUUCCUCAGCUUGCUCCAUAUUACUUAUGGAGCAAGAAACUUGUUUUCACUAUAUCGACCACCUUCAAUGAGUCUUACGUACCAUAAUGGCGAUUUAUUAGAAAGUGAAAUAAAAAUAUCCAUUCUUUGGUACGGAAAAUUUUCACCUGCCCAAAAAUCUAUUAUCGUUGAUUUUCUCCGAUCUCUAAAUUCUCCUAGUAAAAUUUGGUCACGCAACACACCUACUGUUACAAAAUGGUGGCAAACUAUUCAGACCUACUUGACAAAAGCGGAUAAAAAAGAGACCCGUUUAGUUCUAUCCAAUCAAUUCACGGACGAAAAUUGUUCAAUUGGAAAAACCCUAAAAAAAUCCCAAAUAUCAGAAUUGGCUCACUCGAAAAAAGGUGAAUUAAUUUUGGUCCUAACAGCCCAAGAUGUUGCAGUUGAAGGCUUCUGCAUGGGCAAUUGCGGGUAUCACGGGUCGGGUCAAGGAAAAAGAUCCGUUUUCAUAUGGGUGGGUAAUUCAGCGACUCAAUGUCCGGGUCAAUGUGCGUGGCCGUUUCACCAACCUAUUUACGGGCCCCAGGCCAAGCCGUUGGGUGCACCAAACGGUGACGUGGGUGCAGAUGGCAUGGUUGUAAAUAUAGCGAGUCUUUUGGCUGGAGUAGUAACGAACCCGUACGGGAACGGUUACUACCAAGGCCCGGCUGAAUCCCCGUUAGAGGCGGCUUCGGCUUGCGCCGGGUUGUACGGUAAAAAGGCUUAUCCGGGUUAUGCGGGUGAGCUGCUUGUGGAUUCGAUAACGGGUGCAAGCUAUAAUGCACAUGGUACAAACGGAAGGAAGUAUCUAUUGCCUGGGCUUUUUGAUCCAAAUAAAUCAGCUUGUUCAACUAUCGUCUAGGACAAUUCUAUUGGUAGAUUGAACACUCUACAUUUGUACUUUUAGUUAUGUAAAUUUUGUUUAUAUAUGUAG